AUUUCAUGAUCAGUGACGAAUGACACUCUCGGACGGCACUGACGUAAAUUCUUGGGAAACAACGACUUGACUUUCUAAUCAGGUACUUGUGUGGGUGAGAGAAUGAUCUCAAGUCUGCCUGAAAGUGUUUCUCCACCCGCGCCUUUUCGGUAAGAAAAACACUCAUUCACAACCACGUCUGUAGCCGACUUCUUCAAGCUCGGUUCAAAAGGAUUAAAAGGAGUCAUACGUUCAUCGUAGAAAUCAUUCAAAAUCGUUUAUUGAAGUUUGUUGUCUUUUCACGCAACUGGAAAUUAGUUUCAGAUCUUCUCUCCUUCAUUGAGAAGAUGGCAAUGUCUUGCUGACUAUCAAAGCGUAAUGUGGAUUAUCUAUUUAUUUAUUCAUCUCUAGUACAAUUUGACAACAUUUUAGACACUGGAAAUUUUGAUUGUCACGGUCCUGAUAAAGAGAGUGGAUUCCAAAUGUUGUUAUUGUUAUGGUAGAAGAAAGUGAGCUGGAAUUUAAUCAACAUCAGACUGAUAUUUUACGAGGUUAAUGUGAUAUUCUCUUUAAAUCUUGGAUUCGUUUCUGUCAAUAUUGUUUAGCAGUGACUUCAUUUCACAAUAUGGCGGCCGUUGCAUGCAAUAGCCUUGCGGGGCAACUAGCCCUCAGCUAUUCUCAACCACUUCUGAAAUCGCCCUACUAUCCGGAUAUCUACACUGUCAAGGAGGAGAUGGAUACUAACUCUAACCAUGUAGCAAAGAAAAACGAUGUGUUUAAGCCGAAAAGUGCAUCCCUUCACCGGGGCACCGUUCGCUUUGUUCAGCUAGCCUCCUCGGAUUUAUCGACAACCAGCGACCUGUCGAACUCGAAGGACUCGGGGAUCGGGUCGAGCGACGACAACAACAGUCAGGGUGAGACACCGAUCACCAGGGACGACCACCGACCCGAGAACGAUGCGGAGGAUGAUGAGGAGCGUGUCAAGUUCAUGGAGACGGCGCGGGAAUUUACGAAUGCCAAUGUUGAGGAGAUGACGUGGAAGGAGAGAGGGAAUAGAAUGGACAACUGCUUAGGUUGGCUACGAGAAGAAAUUACCAAAAUGAAGAAACAAGAUCAGAGUCUGAUGCGGCAAUUCAUGGAACUUCGUUCGACCAUUCACCAGCUCAAGCAGUCAAGUACCCAGCAAAGUCUAAGAGCAACUUAUCUACGCAACCAAGCAUCGUGCGCGAAUCUUGGGGCAUCCGACCAAUCAGCGCGCAGUAACACAACUUCCCGCCAAUCAAAUUCGCACAUGCGGAGCAAUCUCCGCCCCCUCGGCGCAGCCAGCCAGUCAUCGACGAGUGGCAACCUGUCAUCCAUGCAGUUUCAUUCACGCGGGAAUCUCAAUCACAUGCACUCCGCCAUGGACGCGAGUCCAAAAAUGGCACAGAGCCUUGCGCAUCUGGAGGACACAAGUUUCGACAUGGACAGUUACUUCGGCGAUGUCGAUUUUGAGCACGAUUCUUUUUACGACGAUGACGACUCCGAUGCUUUUAUCGAUCAACCGGAUGGUAUGUCACCCGGUCACAUCUCUGUGCUAUCGGAUCAGCCAUACAUGCCGCAGUACCGUACACGGACUGUUUCAUUGGUGACCCCGCAUUACAUAGGUCGUCCAUGCGCGUCCGGCUACCUUGCAAGGUCGAGAUAUAUGUCAUUUUCAAACGCCAAAGGAAGAGUGGAAAGCGAGAGAGCAAUUUUAGAAUGAAACAUGGAAAUGUGCUCAUAAAAAGACUUGUAAAUAUUUGAUAAUGAUGUAUUAGCUUUGUGAUGAAUAACGGAGAAGCAAUAGAGUUAGCAUUAUUUCAGCUCAUUAAUUAUGUAGGUGAAAUAUUUUCUUGAGAAUUUUAUGGCUUAGGCUUAAUUACAGAAUGUAUUGCAAUUCUUGUUUAAACAAGAAUUAUUUCACACAUUCAUUAUCAGUCCGUUAAUGUAAAAGCCUCCCAUAAAAAUAAAGAUAAAUAUUCAAAAGACGCCAUUGAUAUACAAUGUUUGAAUAUCUUUGGUCGUUAUAAGAUGCAAAAAGAAUCGUUGACUUUUUAUACGAAUCCAAUGUUUACGUAAAAACUGAAAUAUCAUGAAACUCGACUCGACUUAAUUGUUUCAGAUUGUCUUGGGAGUGUAGUCUUUUAACUUAUUUUAUCUAAUAUGGUAAAUAUGGUAAUAUAUACAAGGCAUGGAUCAAUUUUGGCACACUUUUCAAAACUGAAUAUAGCACAAGCCCCCCAAGAACCAAGAGUCAUUUCCUUGCUCUUAGUAUGCUUGGGUUCUACUGUCAUAUACCAGGGGAGCGUUUCAUCAACAUUUUUGUCUGACAAGUUGUCAGAUCUGACAUCUUUAGUUGAUUCUGAUUGGCUG